AUGGCCGAUCCGCCUUCAUCGUCUGCUCCCUCAGACUCCGCACCGCCGCCCCGCAAUACCCCAACUCACAACUCCCUUCGUCGCCGAGGCCUCUCGGCGCGCGCCACGACCCUGUUGGAAGAACCUUCCAACGAAUGGCCCCAACGUCGCAAUUCAACUCUCUCCGACUCUUUAUCUGAAGCGCGGCACUCCAUUCGAUCCUCCACAGAUAAUCUGUUUCUUCCCCGGGUUGCGCAUGAUCGGGAAGAGCCAGAGUCAACGGAGGAGUCCCACUGGCACUCGGCGCCGCUAGUGCUAGCGCUACUGCCGGCUAUCGCGGGAGUCUUUUUCCAAGGUGGAAGCUCGUUCGUGACGGACGUGACUCUGAUCUUGCUGGCAGGCAUCUUCCUCAAUUGGUCUGUGAGACUGCCAUGGGACUGGUACCGAUCAGCACAAGGAAUACAAAGGGAUCAGGACGGACUAGGACCGGUCGAAGAAGAAAUCCCAGACCCGGAUGAGAAUGAAGCAGAGGCCCGUGAAUCACGGGCGGGCCAAGGUCACGAAAGACAUGUGCAAUCCGCGGCAGAACUAAAAGCCAUCAAAGAGCUCCAAAUCCAUGAACUAGUCGCCCUCGGCGCUUGCUUUGUGUGUCCAAUUGUGGGCACAUGGCUUCUGCACGCCAUUCGGUCGAGUCUGUCACGACCUUCGGAGGGACUUGUAUCGAACUACAAUCUCACCAUCUUCCUGCUCGCAUCGGAGAUUCGACCGUUUGCCCAUCUCCUCAAGCUUGGCCAGGCGCGCACCCUCCACCUUCAGCGAGUGGUAGCUUCAACACACGAAAAGGAAGUCAGUUCAGCGACAUUCCAGGAUCUCACUAAACGCCUAGAUGAGCUCGAAGCUCACGUCGCCGAGGCUGCCGCUGCCCGACUCAAUGCAAAGUCCCCAACAAAGGCCGAAGUGACACCCGAUCUGAUUGCGCAAAUGGUCUUGGAAGCACGCCAUGCACUGGGCCCUGACAUCGAUGCCCUCAAUCGAGCUGUGCGUCGGUAUGAGAAGCGGACCACCCUCACGGCCCUGCAAACCGACACGCGCUUCCAGGAACUAGAGGCGCAGACCCGCGAUGCCAUAGCACUGGCCGCUGCGGCUCAGCGCGCCAAUUCCCAUCGACGCCAGAGCUAUGCCUUUACUCUUGUGGACUGGGCUUGUGCAUGCAUUGUGGUCCCCGCGCAACUAGCCAUAUCUAUAUGUCAGAUUCCAGGCCGCAUUACGCAUCGCUGUAUACAAGCAGCUCAGCAAAUGUUUGGGUCGCGGCGCACGAUUCCUUCCUCGCGAUCAACGUACAAGUCUAAGGGCAAGACGACACCCGGACCAUCGUAUGGUAGACAGACAAUGCCGGCAAAGUCAACGGGUGUGCCGUCGUCGAAAAAUUCACCGUUGCAGCAGCAGACAUUUGAAUCUGCUUGGGGUGCUGCACGCUAG